UAGGAUUACAAUGUAUUCGUUCUAAUGAAAGCAAUCCUGCAGUGAAGUCAAUAACACGAUCACGUGACUACUUCCUAGAUCACGUGAUUCCCCAGCUCACUGGCCGGUGGUGUAGAUCGAUCACUGACAUCCUUGGUCGCAGAUUCGCCAUUACUCCUCAGAGCAUUAUUCCAGUAUGGAUCGGGUAAAAAAAACUGUUGAUUAUUCCCUGUUUGGAGAUGUGGAUAAUGAUGACGAAGAUUUUGCCUGCUCCUCUGCACCACCAAAUAAAAAAUCACGGGUGGAAGUAAGGAAGGACAAGAAGGAGAAGUCUGCAAAAAAGCCUCGAAAAGAAGGCACGACGUCACAGCCAAACUCACAAGGAAAAAGACUGCCUUUAGAUGAUAAGCUUUACCAUAGAGAUUUAGAAGUUGCAUUGGCACUUUCUGUACAAGAAAAAUCCUUGGUGGGAACUUCUGAUGAUCAAUUCAGCAAAGGGUCUCCAACACUUCCUGAUGGCAGUACCAGGAGUGCUGAUGUGUCUUUUUCAAACUGCAGUGUAGACAGCAGUACUUUAGGUCUAGAUGCGAUCACAUGUAGUAAUGAAGAUCAGGCUGAUGGUAGAAACCGCAGGCAGGCUGCAUCCAAGGCCAUUGCUGAACAGAGGAAGCUCCUGGCAGAUGAUAGUGAUAAUGAGGAUGCCGGGGAUGAGUUUAAGCCUGACUUAGCCACUUAUAGUAGUUCAGAGAGUGACUCAAACCUCAGCGAGGAGGAUGAAGAGUUUGACAUUAAGAUGUCUAGUAAAUUAAAAGCAAACAAAGAGACUAAACAAAAGUGUGCAAAGAAAAGUCCAAAGGAGAGGAAGCUUGUCCCCAAGCCAAGAGCUGCUGUUAGUUCUACUUCACCUCCUGUGUCCGUUAAAAUAAAGUCACUGCCAGCGCAGAGAACUGCGCUCUCCUCACCUACUCCUGUGAAACAGACACAACAUCACAGCUCUCCUCCGGUCGGGGUUAAGAAACAAAAAUGGACACCUCCAGCAGCUUCAGUUCAGGGAAACGGUGUUAAAAACUCACUGGAAGGAGUAAGUGUCCGAUCACCUAACCAAGGACUGCGACUUGGCCUGUCAAGAUUUGCAAGAGUCAAACCGUUACAUCCAACAAUUGUCAAUAAUUGAGUUUGGAUGUUUCUGAUUGCGGCAUACAUGAUUUAAGAAAAAGGAAAAGUAUAUUUUGUGUUUUUUAAUCACUUCACAAACAAUUUGGAUUUGAGCAUCGCUGGUAUCAAACCUUUCUUGAGACACAAGUGUCCUUUUUUUAUAUAUCCAUGAACCCCCCCCCCCCAAAAAAAAAAACCACAGUAGAAAAGACUAGACAAAAGGCCUGAUAAACAUUUGUCAAGAUUUCUAUGAAAUAAACACCAAUUGACGUUUUAAUGUCUGAAUUAGUAUGGCAAGGACACCAAACUUUGUUUGCGGAGAAAUUCCUCAAGUGAAAUAUUUGCAUUGGCUUUUUCAGCGAAAGGAUUUCAUUUUGAUACUGUCUACCUUUUUAAAAUGUGUUUUAAUGGAUAUCCUCUAUUAUUCUGAAUGUGUUCUGUUGUAGACUGAUAUGCAUAGCCAGAUACUGACAACAAUAAAUAACAUGACCAACUAUGCAAUGUGAAUUAAGAGGUUACCCCCGUUCUUAUUCCUGAGUAUAGGAUUUUUAGCCUAUAAUAUUCCUGCUAUAUUUGCUGAAUUCUUUGUUAUAUUUUAAGCAUUCCCUUUUCAUCAUAAUCUGUUCCAUAAUCUUGUUGCUAUACAGUAGCAAGAAACUUUUUUUUUUUUUUUUACACAAAUUUUGAAGUUGUUUGUCACAUCGUUAAACUAUUUAUUAUGUGUGCUUAUUAAAGUUAAUGAUUUAUGUAAAGGAGCACCAUGCAUAUUUGUGUACGAAAAGUGCAAAUUCUCAAAUAAUAAUACACAUUUAAUUUAUUCUAAUUCAGCUUGUUAAAAUGUGUUAUGUGUCUGGAGUCUAUCAUACUUGUGACAGUUUUUUAAAAGUACCAGUUUUAAUAGAAGUCCGCACUAUUGGUAAAAGCAUUUCAAUUGCUGUCAAUCAGACUGCCAGGGAGGCUUUUUUCUGCUCCCAUUAGCUUCACAGAGCUAACAGAACGGUAGGUGCGCUAGGCUAGCGCACUCCUGCCUUUCCACCUUUACGAUGAGCUGUAUUACAGCUAAUUGGGUAGCAUAGGGAAGUUGCGACUCUAGGCCAGAGACUUCUCAAUGUGAAAACUUUGAUUAGUGUGUUCCUCUGCAUAAACUAAAAAUAUGUGUCUGUGAAAAGCAGACAGGACUUGCUUAUGCAUGUCUGCAGCUUUUGCAAGCCGUUUUAUCAUAUACAGAAAAAUACAUGUAUCUACUAAAUUGUUAAAAAUACUCAAUGGAGAUUUCUUCCUUUUAAGCAUACAGUCACAUAGACCCACUCCCUCUUCAGAUAUUAUCCAAUGCUUAUCAGAUAGAAAUAUUCCUACAAGUAAAAAAAGAGUUGUGUCUCUGGAUAGAAUCAACUACAAUGGGUGCUGCCUACGAAGGCAUUCCAACAACACCUGACCGGCAUCAAACACAUUCCUCCAUUAAGGUAACAUAGACUGUACUAUUAAAUCUUUAUUCAUUCAAUCUGUCAGGUAGGUUAGAUAGUUGGGAACCUGAAUAGUUUUUCUGAAGCUGUGUUGAUUUAGCCAGUGUUGUUGUUUUUUUCUGUUGGUAUUGCAUCCUCUUUCAAUAAUACUUGGGACAGAAGGAUUUUCAACCCUCAGUAUAUCACCUCAUGAUACAAGUAUGUGUCCCAUACAGGAAUGUACAUAGUUUUGUAUAGCACUUAAAGUUUAUUGCAUGAACCAACUUAUCAUUUCUAUCAAAAAAAGGAAAUCAAUUGGAAAGUGUUCAGAUGAGAAUUCGAGAAACAUAAAUCCAUUUUCCAUUCCAACUGCUCUUUAUUUAAAUGUUAGCACCUUCUCCUAAUUAUCUA